UUCUUUCUCCUUGUAAGUUGGUAAUAAGAUACACUCUUUUUUUCCAAAGUUCACACUAGAGCACAGAAGAGAACUGUUUAACUUGGAAGAAUAAUAACACUAGGCUUUUUGAUUCUGCAAAGAGAUACUCUGUCUCCUGCCUUAAAGGAGACAAUACUCACAGAUCCUAAAAUGACAGUCAUUUCUGCCAUGAGUGGGGCUCUCUUAAUUACCAUUCUCUGUGAAGCAAGUGCACUAGUGUUGCCCAAUUCCUCUGACCUAUUCCUGUCAACUAAAAAUUACACUGAUGUUGAAGCAGCUUUAAAAACUCAUCUGGAUUCUGCAAGCUUCCCAAAAAUCAGGAAAAAGCGAUAUAUCUCACAGAAUGAUAUGAUUACCAUUUUGGAUUAUCACAAUCAGGUCAGAGGCAAAGUGUUCCCACCUGCAUCCAAUAUGGAAUACAUGGUGUGGGAUGAUAAUCUAGCUAAAUCUGCAGAAGCUUGGGCAGCUACUUGCAUUUGGGACCAUGGCCCUUCUUACUUGUUGAGAUUUCUGGGACAAAAUUUAUCUGUACGGACUGGAAGAUAUCGAUCCAUUCUCCAGCUGGUGCAACCCUGGUAUGAAGAAGUGAAAGAUUAUGCCUUUCCAUAUCCUCAGGACUGCAAUCCAAGGUGUCCAAUGAGAUGCUACGGACCAAUGUGCACACAUUAUACCCAGAUGGUUUGGGCCACUUCCAACAGAAUAGGUUGUGCAAUCCACACUUGCCCUAAUAUGAAUGUCUGGGGGGCUGUUUGGAGCCGAGUUAUUUAUCUGGUAUGCAACUAUGCCCCAAAGGGAAAUUGGAUAGGAGAAGCACCAUAUAAGGUUGGGGUGCCAUGUUCUGCUUGCCCUCCCAGUUAUGGAGGAUCAUGCACUAACAAUCUUUGCUUUCCCGGAGUGACAUCAAACUACUUAUAUUGGUUUAAAUAAAUGGUACAAUUGUUUUAAUGAAAUGCAUGUGUAACAAAAUCUUGUAUAUUGACGUUUGCAUAUAUUGUAUAUAUAAUGUAUUGAUUCAUUAAUAUUAUUAUGGACUUUAUGUAAUAAUAUGAACAUUAGUUUUUAGAGAUAUAAUGUAUAUUUAAAUAUUUCUGUUUAAGUGACAGUGGACCACUGAUAGCUACAGAUUAAUAAUGUGCCUUAAGCAACAAAGACAAAGAAAAUUGGAAUAGGAAUUAAAGUGAUUAAGUUUAGUCCCUUAAAGGCCUUAAAAGAAUGUAUCUUCAAAUAUUUUAUAUUUAUAGGCCUGGGCACAAAAUGAACUCUAAAUUAUUAUAUCUAAUCCUUUGAGCUUACUUGUGUGCAUAUGUAUGUGUUUUACAAAAAUCAGAAAACAAAAUAUAUCCUAGCUACAAAUUGAAAAGUUUAAGUAACUCAAAUUGGUAGAAUAUCAAUAUGGGAUAUUUCUUUGUGCCACUAUUUAGAAUGAGCAACGUUAUGAUAUUUUUGAAAAAUAUACCCAACCAAGUGCAAUUUUAUAAAAGAACACAAAGUUUUCCAGAAAAUUUAACAGAAGAAAAAACAAUACUGAGAUUAUAAUGGUGUAUAUUUGUACAGCUUUAGUCUUGUAUUUAGUAGCAAAAAAAGUAAAGGAAACUUUUUCCUUUUCCUUUAUUAAAAAUAUAUGUGCAAUUGUGGCAAAAUUCUGUAGAUUAACUUUAGUUUUCUGCUUAGAAAUAUACUUAGUUAUGUUGCUAUAGUUAAACAAAGUCCUAACUUGGACACGAAAGUCAAAGCAAUUUGGCUAUCAUCUGAUGGUCACAUACACUCUUCUUCCUGUUUGUGAUACUUGAGGCCACUGCUGUUCCUGGAGUUUUGCAUUGUGAACUACUUGACUCCUAUCAAUGAUAUUCUUUGCAGGUAGAGUGGAGCAGAUGGGUGCUGCCAUGCUAAUGUGGAUCCCAGGUUCAUUAGAGGAUGUGCAAUAAUAUCAGAAAUUGAACUGUUUAAUUUUGAUAAAGUUAGAUAUAUUUUAAACAGCAUCAGGUUUAUUAUUACCUGGAUAUUCAACACAGGCCGGACUGUAAUAAGAAGGCACUCUUCUAUCCAUAUAUAAGCUAAACAUUAAUUUAGAGUCAAAUAUCUUGCUUCUUAAUGGAGAAAGAAUAUUACAGUAGUUUGCUUUAUGGUAACCAAGAAUUUCCCCAGCACUAAAAUAGUUACUGGAUAGCAAUUAUACAACUGAACUUCUAUGGGGUACAUGCUGUUCCACUAACUAUAUUCCAUAAUUCAUUGGCAAAAAGAUACUCAAGAAAUAGUUCUGUAACAUUACAAGUAAACAUUACAAGUAACCUGUUGACCUCUCAUCACUGUCAAUGUAGCGAGGGACUCAUUCUGCCAUAGGGAAAAAAACUCUUUGGGUCCAGUAUGAUUUUAGUUUGCGGAAUAGGUUAUAAUCCUUUCUAGGUACUAGAAGGAGUGGUGAGCAAAAAAAUGCUAUAUAUUUAAUGAGUGAUAUUUAAAGUGUAAUCACUUUCAGAAGUAGUAUAGUGUGCUUUCUGAAUUGUACAUACCUGAUUCUGUAUUGCAGCUGAAGCUAUUACAAAGAAUAUACAUGCAUUUAGAUUUUAGCGAUAAUUAUUCUUCUACAUUGAUAUAAAUAACCUGAUUCUAUAGAAUAUUAUCUUUUAAUAACUCAGACCAGAAAACUUUACUAUCAAACUGCUGCAUAGGACUUUUUAUAGCAUGCAGAAAUGGUGCUAAUCUAGGGCAAAAUCCUGGCUCUAUUGAAAACAAUGCCCAUUUUUUUUCAUUGUUUUCAGAGAAACUAUGGUUCAUCUACCUAUCUAUUAUAAACACACUGUUAAUUAAAACAAGUACAACAUAAGCUAUUUCAUACGAGCAGCUUCUUAAAGCAGGCAGCAGGAACUUUCUUCAUAGACCUAAAAGACUUUUGGUGCACUGGUUGAGGAACUGACUUUUCUAUCUUAAUUAUAUAAUGAUGUUAUUAAAUUACCUGCAUGGUUAACCCAAAAUCACAUAAUAUUUAUCAGCUCUAUUGGUUUUUGCCAAAGAUGGUUAAACCAUAUUUCCUAGAAGUUUAGGAUUUCUCAGUGAAAAAAAAUAGUAAUGAAAAGACAGCAUUUCAGGAAGGAAUUUGAUUACUGUCAACUAUUACUGCUCUUCAUCUGAGUUGUAAAAUAUAUCUUGGUUAUAUUUUAAGGUACAUAGAUCUAGUUUGUAGGAAUGGCAAAGCCUAGCAUGUCUGGAUGAUGAGCCAUAUUUAUCAACUUUUGGCAGAUGUAUAUGUUGUCUGGCAGACACAUCUGGGCUCUUUGGUAAACAAAUUGAUGUGGAAAAUAUUCUUUGAGUUUACAAAGUUUGAAAACCGCCAGUUUACAUAAAAGGAAAGCUGAAAAAUGCUCAUUUUCUCACAUAGCCAGUAGUAUCAAUGGGUGCUUGAUCAAGUAGCUCAGCCUGAAGCUACAGUAUGUAUCUGUGUAAAAUAGAUAGAUAGAUAGAUAGAUAGAUAGAUAGAUAGAUAGAUAGAUAGAUAGAUAGAUAGAUAGAUAGAUAGAUAGAUAGAUUGAUUUACUGUGGCCUUGGACAAUCCUAUGGCAGAUAUCUGAAGCACCAACCACCCAGUCACUAUUUUUUUCAGCAAAUAUACAGAGUCCCAAUUUGGAAUGUUGAUCCACUGGUUGUAACAGGAAUUGACAGAAUGGUUUGUACCUGAGCCUGAUGUGCGGGGAUGAAACAGGGUGAUUGGGCAAAGUCAGUCAAUUGGAUUUUAUGUUUAAGGCAGAACUCACAGUCUCCUGGUUUGGUGCCUUAACCACUAGACCAAAAUGUGUUGGCAUAUUGUCACACCAAUUUAACUCUGAAGCUGGUGCUAUAUUAUAUAACUAAGGUGCUACAUUAUUUUAUCAAUUAUCUUGUACAUUUCAGUUACUCCAAAUCAGGCAACUGGCUUUAAUGAAAUUUAGGUGGUUUAACAACAACAGCAGAGCUGACCUACAAUAGUGAUCUAAGAUUAUGACAUUGAUCUUUUGAUUAAAACACUCAUUGAUAUGGUUAUAAAUCAAUUGUUUAAAGAUAGUGGACAUUACAGAGGGUAAUUUCAACAUGUUUAUACAAAACUGUAAGAGUCUUGGUUGCAAUGAGCUUAAAUACAAAGAUACAGUGAGAAUUUACAAUAAUAAUU